CAACUCGCACCGAACCAUCACCGUCCCGAACCUGACGACCGUCUGCGUACCACUCUGAGGAAUACCUGAGGCCAAUCACACAUCAUCGAACGACACCCGUACCUCCCACCGAUCCCGCCUCGCAGGCGGCGAAGAGAUAGAGCCACAAUGAAGCCCGUCGUUUCCGCCUUCAACGCAUGGACAUGCAUCGUCAUCUCCAUCUUUGCGAUCGUGAUCCUCAGCACAAUUGGCGGCAUGUUCGCCAACAACAACCACUCCCUGAUGGGAUCGAAAGAGGACCCGAAGGACGGAGCCAAAGUCGCUACGGCCGUGUUUAGUGCUGUGGCUGUAUAUGGGGCUUUCCUACUAUUUUGCGGAUGCCAGGCGAUCUUGCACAAACGAGCGAGUCGGAGAGGAGAGAUUGCACUGCGAUGAAGGAUGUUUUGAGCGGGGAGGCAUGGGAGGAGGAGCUGGACACUGAGAUGCGACGAAGGAAUGGAAAGAGCCUUGCGAGCCUCCGCGAUUUUACGACAACAAAUGAUACAUUUGCCGACCUUGUGCACAAUCGUCGACUCUUGAUCUCAUUCAUGAGGCGGAGAUGGAAGCGAUCGCAAUGCUUGAGCAGGAUAUACGGUAUGAGCAUGUUUGGAUCCUGUUUCUCGGAAGACAGGAGGCGGUGGACGGCGUUCUGGAGUCGAAAUGGAUUG